UGUGGAUAGCGUUAGUGAAAAUGUCAAUCUGGGAUAUAAUCAACAAAACAGAACUAAAUAGUGGUACUGGAUGGUAAACUAGCCUACUGAGGGCUGAUGUAAAUGCAUCUGUGUGAUGUCACUGGAGAAAAUACCUGUGAAAUAAUACUGUUGAAGAUAAGUACACAUCGUUGAGAGGUUUUAGUAUUUGUCCGGAAGUUGUGUAUAGUGUGUAGUUUUGACACGAGGCACUGGCUGACUCGGCUCUGCCACGUUUCACUAAAUGACGUAAUCCCUCCCGGGGCUGACAGUUGGACACCGCACACUCAGCAAGAGGGAGAGCAAGGGCCGGUUAGCGGGACAUCUCCUCACACCCCCCUGUUUAUUCGCUUUAUGUGUACAGCUGUAGAGUGUGGUAGCAGUCUCAUUUAAAAGACAAGGCCUCCGUAAAACCAAGCCACGUAUUUGGUGUUAUUCCGGACUUUGGCUAACCAGCUGGCUAAUGUUAGCUGUUUCCUGGUUGGAGUUGCAGCCAUUUUGGAUUUUUACUGAGGAACAGCUAGCCGGGUUCGUGGUUUCGGGAGCAGUAAACUAGCCACCACUCCCGUUUUCGUAACACCGCUGCUUAUCUGCAGACAGGGACAAGGAUACGCUUGACGAGAGGGGAUACAGUACAACGAGUCAACAAUGAAUCCCGAAUAUGACUAUUUAUUCAAGCUGCUCCUGAUUGGUGACUCUGGUGUUGGAAAGUCUUGCCUUCUCCUCCGAUUUGCAGAUGACACAUACACAGAAAGUUACAUUAGCACUAUUGGUGUGGACUUCAAAAUACGAACCAUAGAACUAGAUGGAAAGACCAUUAAACUUCAGAUUUGGGAUACGGCAGGUCAGGAGAGGUUUCGUACAAUCACGUCCAGCUACUACAGAGGUGCUCAUGGUAUCAUUGUAGUGUACGAUGUCACAGACCAGGAGUCCUUCAACAAUGUCAAACAAUGGCUACAGGAGAUCGACCGCUAUGCCAGUGAAAAUGUCAACAAGCUAUUGGUCGGGAACAAGUGUGACCUGACGACAAAGAAGGUGGUGGAUUACACAACAGCAAAGGAGUUUGCAGACUCUCUGGGCAUCCCCUUUUUGGAAACCAGCGCCAAGAACGCCACCAAUGUGGAGCAGGCCUUCAUGACCAUGGCUGCUGAAAUCAAAAAGAGGAUGGGCCCUGGGGCCACAGCUGGAGGAGGGGACAAGCCCAACGUAAAGUUGACCCCCGGCACUACUGUCAAGCCUUCAUCAGGAGGAUGCUGCUGAGAGAGAAAGCUCUUUACCCCCCGUCCCCCCGUCCCC